AUGUAUGUAGGUUUGUGUCAUUCUGUUUAUUCGUUAUUAGUUCCUUUACCAAAGAUGAAGUGGUUCAUUUUAAUAGCUUUAGGGUGUUUAGCGGUAAAUGCUUUUGCAUCCCCUAUAAUCAAAUCUAAAUCGGAAAAAGAAUUAUUAGAAAAUCAACAUGAUGUUCUUAAAUCGGAAACAGGUAGGCAAUCCGAUGUGGGAUCACAAGCUCCCGCACCUGUUCAGGGAGGAGGAGGUGGAGGGGAUGAUGACGAUGACGAUGACGAUGAUUUAGAUAUCGAAGAUGACGAUGAUGACGAUGAUGAUGAUGACGACGAUGACGAUGACGACGACGAUGAUGAUGACGAUGAUGAUACCAGUCGUCCUGCCGUUGCAACCAGCGGAAGUCCAGCACCUCAAAGUGAUGAUGAUGACGAUGAUGACGAUGAAGAUUACAUAGAAAGAUUUUUCGACGAAAUUCUAGGAGUUCAAGCAGCACCACAACCUGUCGUUCAACCAGCGGCGGUUGCGGCACCACCACCACAGCCAGUUCAAACUGAAGUUAUGACAUACAAUCAACCUGUCGAAACUCAAAAUGUCGAAAUUCAAUACGAAGAUGAACUUUCUGGAGAUGAGACCAACGUAGUUGCCACAAUUGACACGACACCCAACGAAGCUGAAAAAGAACAAACGUCGCAACUGAUAACGCAGGUUUUACAACCCGUACCACAAACUCAAGCGGUUGCACACUCUUCUCAAGCAGUUCCAGCGACAGCCGGAGCCGCUCAAGAGGAAGAAGAUGAUGAUGAUGAGGAGGAGGAGGAAAGUCAAGCAGAUGACGAUGAUGACGAUGACGACGAUGACGACGAUGAUGAUGAUGAUGAAGAUGAUAUAUCAGAUGUUAUUGAAGCGAGACAAUCUCAACCACAUGAAACGCAACCACGAGUUUCACCAAUGUACAUCACUAAAUAUAAUCGAUACGUGGAUAGCGUGUUAAUGAAAAUAAAUAAAAUACUUAAACGUGGAUAUGAUCCUGUUAACAUGAAUAAUUUAAAUGAGACGACAAAUUCGAGUCGAAUUUUUAACGAUGAUGACAUUCUUUCUAAUCAAACCACUGUUGACGAUAGUUUAAAUUUGAACCUAGAAACAACAAAACAGACUAAUGAUGUUGAAGAAACCAAUAGCAGAGCGGUUGAUUCGCAAAAAAAAAAAAAAUUAAAUAACAAGGAAACUACAAAACAGUCGAGACCAAGAGCCAAAGCAACGCUUUAUGGUUUAUCAUCUCUUAAACGUCAAAAUGAUGUAACAGUGAAUUUGAUGAGCACUCAUACAACAAUAAAAAGCAAAUUUUUAAUGGGUCCUUUAAUUCUAAAAGUGGAAAAGGAGUUUGGCCGAGGAGUAAAAAAAGAAAUACGAAGUGCAACUGCAACAACAACGGAAAUGGUUGGAAAAUUAAAUUUAAGAAUACAGCAUGGAGGCGAAGCAAAAUUGCAUUCUAUUAGAGUGAUGCAACCAAAUUUGCUUAGAAUUGAUGCUCCAGAUAAUCAUGACAAAACAAGAGAAUUUAUGUGGAAAAGAUCUAGCCAUAUUGCUCAAAUAGUGUCUCAAAAGUUAACAAAAGCUGCAAGAAGUUUGCUGAAUACUGAUUCGAAAAAAUCAGUUAAAAAACAACAAUCAGGUUUGUUUUCUAUUUUCAGCUGA